AUGUCCGACGUUGUGGCUGCAGUCCCUGCCACAGCAACCCCCAACGACUAUAUAGAGAGCCUCUCGCCCGAGCAAAUUGAGCACGACCAGAAAAUAGGAUUGAAGGCUAUUCGUCUUUUUCUCCAAAGCAAAACAUCGUACGAUGUGUUGCCCGUCAGCUACCGGUUGGUUGUGUUGGACACAUCGCUCCUUGUGAAGAAAUCUUUGACGAUUUUGCUACAGAACAACAUUGUCAGUGCUCCAUUGUGGAACAACAAAACGUCCAGAUUCGCAGGCUUAUUGACGUCCAGUGACUUUGUCAAUGUCAUCCAGUAUUACUUCCAAUUUCCCGAGAAGUUCGAUCUCGUUGACCUGUUGACCCUUGAUGGGUUGCGUGACAUCGAGAAGGCCAUUGGCGUGGCUCCUAUUGAGACAGGACAUAUCCAUCCAUUCAAGCUGUUGUACGAAGGCUGCAUCAAGAUGUUGGAGUCGAAGGCUCGUAGAAUACCUUUGAUUGACGAGGACGAGAAGACCCAUCGUGAGAUUGUUGUCUCGGUGUUGACGCAAUACCGUAUCUUAAAGUUUGUGGCCUUGAACUGUAGAGAAACCAAGAUGUUGUUGAAGCCGUUGAAGAAUAUAAGCCAGUUGUGCGAGCCUAAGCACAUAUCCAAAUGUACCAUGGAUACGCCUGUGAUUGAGGUGAUCCACCUUUUGACACAGAACUCUGUGUCUUCUAUCCCUAUCAUUAAUGAGGAAGAGAAGUUAAUCAACGUUUACGAAGCUGUCGAUGUGUUGGCACUCGUUAAGGGUGGAAUGUAUACUGAUUUGGACCUUUCUGUUGGUGAUGCGCUUUUGAGAAGAGCAGAGGACUUCGAAGGUGUCCACACAUGUACAUUGAACGACCGUUUGAGCACAAUUAUGGAUACGAUCAGAAAGUCCAGGCUACACAGACUUUUUGUGGUUGAUGAGCAAGGCAAAUUGAUCAAUGUUAUCACUUUGAGUGAUAUCUUGAAGUAUAUUCUCAGCGGUGAGGACUAG